GGUCUGCUGGUGAUCUCUCGCGGAACGUCCCUACUGCUUUUGGGCGUCUACAUUGCGUAUUUGAUCUUCCAGUUGAAGACUCAUACUGGCCUGUUCAUGCCCGAGGUUGAGGGGGAGAUGGAGGAGGAACCUGCACAAAUGAAUGUAGUGUCUACCAGCGUUUCGCUUCUCGCUGUCACGAUCCUUACCUCUUGCAGUGCCGAUUGGCUUGCUUCUAUUGAAGAGGCUGCUGACAGAUACUCGAUCCCCAGACAUUUCACCGGUCUCGUUCUUGUCCCGUUCGUGGUGCGAAGCGAUAAUCCAUUGGGGCUGUUCACAAGUGUUUUGAUGACUGCGAAGGGGAAAAUGGAAAUGAUGAUGGGCCUUGGCGUUGGCAGCUCGAUCCAAGUUGCUACUUUCGUCAUCCCUCUACUUGUCACGAUUGGGUGGAUAAUUCGCCACGACUUGACGCUCUUCUUCGCUAAUCUGGAGUGA